AUGCCGCAUCAGGCAGUUUAUAGAGAAGAAAGCAUUACGACAAAAAUGCGUAUUGUAUUUGAUGCGAGCUCACAUGAAAUAGGUAGUCUGUCCCUGAAUGAUUGUUUGUGGCCAGGUAUUAAUCUGAAUCAAAAUAUAUUUCACUUGCUGAUAUAUUUUAGGCUUAAUAGAGUCGCAAUCUUAGGAGAUAUCGAAAAGGCAUUUUUACAGAUCGUGUUAGUUGAGAAAGAUCGAGAUGCAGUUAGAUUUUUAUUUGUUAAGAAUAUUGAUACACAUUUGCAAAAUACCGAGGAUCAGCUAGAGGUGUAUAGAUUUAAGCUUGUGCUCUUUGAUGUUAAUUCCAGUCCUUUUUUGUUAGCGGCAACUAUAAAGCUGCAUAUCCAAAAGUACAGAAAUGUGUAUCCCGGUACCUUUCAAAUUCUUGAUACAUGUAUAUAUGUUGAUGAUCUUCUUACAGGAGCAGAUGAUGUAUCAGAAGCCUUAAAAACUUCAAGAGAAGCAAAGGAAAUUAUGCGUGGAGCUGGGAUGAAUCUACGCAAAUGGGUGACGAAUGAUUACCAUUUAGCUAAAAAAUGGGAAGAAGAAAAUUUCGACAUUCAUCCGCUAAGCUCAAAUGAAAAGAUACUGAAGGUAUUAGGAAUUCAAUGGAACAUUCAGGAAGAUAGUUUGAGUAUAGAGACUUCUUGUUUGACGGAAAUUUCGAGGAGAAAGAAAAGUACCAAACGCUUCAUCCUCCAAACAGCUGGAAAAAUAUAUAAUCCUCUUGGACUCAUCACACCAUUCACUGUUAUAAUAAAACUUUUACUACAAAAGCUAUGGUUACGUAAAUUACCAUGGGAUGAAGAGCUUCCUUCUGACUUGAACGACGAGUGGUCUCAGUGGUGUAGCGAGCUUUCAGAACUUAGUAACAUUAGUGUUCCAAGAUUUGCUUUGGAUUCAUGUGAUGAAAAUAUAGAGAUCCAUAUCAGAGUUUCACCUGUCAAAAAGGUUUCCUUGCCUCGACUUGAAUUGCUGGGUGCACUGAUUGCUGCAAGAUUGGGAACGGAAGUUAAAAAAGUUCUAGAUCGUAAAGGUUCAUCUAAUAUCUUUUUUUGGAGUGAUUCUAAAGUUACACUGUAUUGUAUUAAAGGAUCAAGCAGAAGAUGGAAGUCUUUCGUUCAAAAUCGCGUUGACGAGAUUCAGAAGUUGACUAAUCCAGAUUCAUGGUUUUAUUGUUCAACCAAGGACAAUCCAACCGAUCUUCUAACGCGUGGAGUUAGUGCCUCUUCUCUAGUGAACAAUUCUAAGUGGUGGACUUGUGCAGAAUUUUUUACAGAGCCGCAUCUUCCCUACAAGUGCUUACAGCUUAUAGUUCCAGAGGUUAAGAACCUAACACCAAGUGAAAGGGAAUCCUUUGUGCAAGAAAGCAAAAGUUCUAGUGACAUUAAUGACAUUUCUGAGAGAACUAUGUUUAUUUGUAAUUGCAGGAAAGGUGGAUCGAGAAAGGUAGGCUCUCUUCAACUAGAAGAGGUAAGAAUAGCUGAGGAAAUGCUCAUUAAACAUGAGCAGAGGGUUCUAUUUUGUAAAAGGGACAUAACAGGUAACUUAAAAAAAUUACAUCCCUUUGUUGAUCGUAAAGGAAUAAUUCGUGAUGGCCGUCUUGAGAAAGCUUCUUUACCAUUUUCUCAGAAAUAUCCUGCAAUCCUACCAAAAAAUUCUAAGCUAAGUAAGAUUUAUUUUUCUAGUGUGCACAGAAGAUUAUUGCAUGUUGGCCCCCAAGGAUUAUUGAAUGCAGUACGUUUAAAAUUUUGGCCAUUAGGUGGUAGAGAUUUGGCGCGAAAAACAGUACAUCUUUGUGUGACAUGCUUUAAAUGCAAACCGAUUUUGUCUUCACAGAUUAUGGGUAACUUACCAUACGAGAGAGUUAAUAGAUCACCCCCAUUUAGUGUUUCAGGUUUGGAUCUAUGCGGUCCCUUUUAU